ACGAGUUGUCUGCACUGAAAAAUGGCUGUUUUGAGUGUUUACAUCAUUAACAAGGCUGGAGGCCUUAUUUAUCAAUUCGACCAGAAUUCCAACAGACCCGAAAUAGAGAAGACGUUUGGUUAUCCUUUGGACAUCGUUCUGAAGGUUCACGAUGACAAAGUAGUCGUUUCUUUUGGCGAACGAGACGGCGUUAAAGUGGGACAUACUGUACUUGGUAUUAAUGGAAUUACGGCUGAAGGUCGAUAUCUCAAGGAUGGCCGUGACAUUCUGGAACUUUUGGCCUGUGAAGAAAAUUACCCAAUCAACAUAAAAUUUGGUCGGCCAAAAUUAACGACAAACGAAAGAAUUAUGCUUGCCAGCAUGUUUCACUCAUUAUACACCAUCAGCUGCCAACUUUCUCCUGAGCCACGUUCUUCUGGAAUUGACCUGAUAGAGACAGACACAUUCAAAUUACAUUGUUUCCAAAGUAUGACAGGCCUCAAGUUUCUGGCACUCACGGAUCUGCGACAAAUUGCUGUGGAACAGCUUCUUAGGAAAAUGUAUGAAGUUUACUCUGACUACGCCUUAAAGAAUCCAUUUUACUCGUUGGACAUGCCAAUCAGGUGUAAUCUUUUUGAAACAAAUCUUCAGGCUUGUAUUGAGCAAUCAGAACGUGCAGGAAUGGGAAUGUAAGGACAUGUGUUUCAUUCAGCUACAAAACUAAAAUCUCUGAUGAAACCAGAAACUGUCAACAGUCAUUGUUCUUUUUUGCUAUUCUUGAAUGACUGAUUAUUUUCUGACACUAGAAUGGCCUGACCAACUGGCAUGGUACUCCAACCAGCAAAAUGUAAGACAAUUUGACCAAAAGAUCAAAAUAUCACCCAGAAUACUUACGGCCUCUCAACAUUCCCAGAGAAGAUGAUGUAAAUAACCCAAAUAAAAUAUGAUAUUGUUGUUGUAUUUAAUGCAGCCAUGAUGGCUUCAAGCA